AUGGCAAGGGCUCCAGAAGAAGGAUUAAGUUUGCCAGCUUUGAACAAAGAAAUAGAUCAAUAUUCAACAGAUCCGCAAAUUAUACAAUAAAUUGAAAAGCAUUUUCAAGAUGUUGUUAGAGAUUUUAGUGGGGACCCUGAUUUAGAAUUAUUCAAGAUAAAAUAUGAAACUCUUUAUAAUUCUCUCAAAGAAAGUUAUGAAAAUGAAGUGAGAUGGACUAAAAAGUAUUUAAGUGAAAUAUUUAGAUGCAAAGAACAUAAUAGUGAAAUUUUAGUUUACACAUCAAAAGUUCAAAUGUCUUUGAAAAUGAUUAACGAUGAUAAUCAAUAAUCAGAAAGUUUUUAGAAAGAAUUGGAGGAAAAAUGGAGGAAAAUUGAAGAUUUAAAAAUUAAAGAGAAGGAACUUAAAGAAAGAAUAGUAUAGGCAAAAAUUGAAGUUGAAAAUGUAGAUAUAUAUAUAUAAUUCUUUAGUUAAAAAAACAAUGUGACAGAGUAGUUGAAGAUAUUGAAGAGCAAAGCUAGAUAUAAUUAAAUGAUAAAAAGAGAUUGAUUGAUGAAAUAAAGAAGAGUAUUAAUGAAUAAAAUUUUAGAUUUUUAGAGUGCUAAAUCCAAAUUUGAAUAUUUAGAAUAACAGAACAAAAAUUUAAAACAUGAUCUAGACAAUGAAGAAAAAUAAUAUUAAGAUUAAAUUUAAAAGAUCAGUGAUUUGGAGGAUAAAAUUGCUAAAAUUGAUGCUGAUUCUAAAGAAUAAGAAAAGAGAAAGAAGAAAAAGGAAGUUAAAAUGGCUGAAAUUAAAUAAAAAAUUGAUUUAGCAAAAAAAGAAAUAGAAGAGAAACAGUCAAGAAUUCAUGAUAUCAAAAAAUAAAUAGUUUCUACAAACAAUAAUAUAUUAAUUAAAAUCAAAGAAAAAGAGAGUUAGCAUACUAAAUAAAAGGAAGCUGAAGACAAAUUUGCUGCUGCUUAAAAGGAUAGAGAAAAUUAAGGGGAGCAAUUACGGAGUUAUAAAGAAUAAAUUAAAAUAUAAUAGGAAUAAUUAGAAAAGCUACAAAUUGAAAUCUAAAAAGAAAAGAAGGAAGUGAAGAAAACACAUAAAGAAUAAGAAAUAACAGCUAAAGAAAAAAAUAAAAUCAUAAAAGAAAAGGAAGAAUAACUCAUUGAAAAAAAUACUAAAGAAAUGUUAAUUGAAACAGAAAAGAUUGAAUUACAAUAGAAGAAGGAUGUAUUAGACAAAAUAAAUGAUCAAAAUAGUCAAAGAAUUAAAUCAAGAACACAAUAAUAAAAAACCUUAAAAAAGCAAGAAGAUGUUUAACAUUAAACAGAUGAAGAGAUUGUGAAUAAAGUGAAUAAAUUGAAAAAAGUAGAAAAUUAAGUGAUGGGAUAUGAAGCAAGUAAUGAAAGAAUUAAUAAAAUGAUUUUACAAUUAUAAAGAGAAUAAGAAAAGUAUGGUAUUGAGGCAUCAUAAGCUCAUGCUAAGUUUUAUUAGACUGUAGAAGAAGUUAAGAUAAAGAAUAAUCAGAUUGCUGAAUAAUAGAAAUAAAUUGCUGAAGCUGAAGCUAGAUUGAAACAUUAGCAAUAAUUGUAUGAAACUGUCAGAAGUGAUAGAAAUCUUUAUUCGAAAAAUUUAUUAGAGAGUCAUAAUGAAAUCUAAGAACUAACUAAGAAAUAUACUAGAAUGAAGCAUUAAGUUGAUUAAUUAAAAGAAGAAAUUAAAACAAAGGAUUAACAACUAGUAAAAGAAGACCUUGAAUUUCAUAAGGUGGAAGAAGAAAAUGCAAAAAUUGAAUAAGAUAAGGCUAAAGUUGAAAAAAACAUCAAAGCAGAUGAAGAUUUAAUUAAAAAUUAAGAGAGUCAUAUUUCAAGAUUAAAAAAUAUUAUUUAAGGAGCUCAAACUGAAAAAUAAAGAUAAUAGAAGGAUUAUGAAAUGGUGGUUAAUGAAAGAGAUAUCUUAGGAACUUAAUUAAUCAAAAGAAAUCAAGAAUUAUAAGUUCUUUAUGAGAAAAUUAAGUUAAACUAAUCAAGUUUGAGCAAAGGAGAAAUUAAUUUUAGAGAGCGAGAGAUUGAAUUAAAAAGCUUAAAAGAUGAAUUAACAAAUUUAAGAAAUGAAUUAAAAGUAAAAUUUUAUUUUAAAAUAAGUCCACAUAAGACCAAACAGCUUGCAUUGAUGAACUAAGAAAAGAGAUUAAUAAUAUUGAAAAGGAACUAUUAAAUGAAAAAAAUAAGGUCAAAGCCUUAUCAGAUGAAUUGGAAAAUCCCAUGAAUGUACACAGAUGGAGAAAACUUGAAGCUACAGAUUAAGAAAACUUUGAGAGAAUUCUAAAAAUUCAGACAUUGUAAAGAAGAUUGAUUGCUAAAACUGAAGAAGUAAAUGAAAAAGAAAAUUUAAUUAAAGAAAAAGAAAAACUCUUUAUGGAGCUGAAAAAUAUAUUAUCUAGACAGCCAGGAGUAGAAAUACACUAAUAGCUUGCUCAAUAUAAGGAAUCCUUAAAAGAAAAUGCUGCUAAGAUGAAGACAACCUUAAGCCAAUUAAAGCAAAGUUAGGAUUACGUAAUAUUAUAAAUUAAAUAAAGGUUGAUAUGCUAAAAUUCGAAAUUGAUAGAAUGAAGGGUGAUUUGUAAGAGAUGAAAAAAGCAUAUUUUUCAAUGAGAAAAGCAAAAGAUAAUGUAUUUUGAUAUUUUUAGUUUAGGAUUUACUUUAAAUUGACUAGAAUGGAGAAUAAGAUAUGCCUCAAAAUAAUGGGGGAGCCAAUUAGAACGACUUGCAAUCCUAUGCUUUAUUUGGAGUUAAUGCAAAUAGAAUUGGAAAUUGA